AUGAAAGUAAAGCAGAAUAAUGAUAUCCCUUCGAUGUCACGAUAUAAAAUUGAUGUGCUCUACACAGAUGAAGAAGUAGAUAUGAGAGCUUUUCUUAUCUCUUUCGGACUACUUCUGUUUUCUUUGGGUAUCCCAAUGGUUAUAGCCACGGUCUUUAGCGGUUACAAACGUGCUCACAAGCCGUCAAGUGAAGAAAAACCAAUAACCGAGGACUUAUCUCAGUUUGAUCACAUCUUCGACAAUGAUGGGAUUUAUAGAGAAUCGCGAUUCGAUGGAAUGUUGAACGAAGAUGCUGCCGAUGACGUAGAAAUUCCAAGUCAAUCAAGGAGGUCGCAGUCUCAGCGUGACAUUCAACUAGAAAAAAAGAGCGUAGCGCCUCCUGCUCAGAAGAAACAUGUUGGCACACAGACAGAGCCACUUUUUGCCUACGGUGGAGAAAGAUUAGCUUUUCAAGAAAAGCGCGUACCGGUGUUUGAGCUGUACGAUGUUCAAAGAACAAUGGAACUUCAAGAUGAGUUCGAACAGCCACGGAGGGAUGAAUUUCUUAUGAAAGGAAAGAGAGACCACAAAUUGAAAAGGAUGCCUCUGCGAACUCCAAAAACCGCAAGGACUUGCACUCCUCGUAAUCGCCGGAGAACGGAACGCAAACAUCAGAAUGUUGCUGGCAUCAAAGGCAACAAAGAUGAGGGUAAACGAAUGUCCGGAGCCAUGACUCCAGUAGAAGAUCAAACAGUCUAUACAGAAAAUGAUGACAGGAACAAGAAUAACGCUCCAUAA